AGGGGGGUCGGUCACGUGACGCGGCGGCAGCGAUGGCGGCCACCAGGUACCGGCGGUUCCUGAAGCUCUGCGAGGAGUGGCCGGUGGAGGAGACGAAGCGGCAGCGGGACCUCGGCGCGUUCCUGCGGCAGCGGGUGGCACAGGCCUUCCGCGAGGGGGAGAACACGCAGAUCGCUGACCCUGAGGCCUGUGACCAGAUGUACGAGAGCUUAGUCCGAAUCCACACCAACUACUACAAGAACAAGUAUCCACGCCUGAAAGACACAACCUUCACUGGAGUGACAGUAGAAGACUGUAAGAUGAUCCUUGCAACAGACAUCCUGAAGCAGAUGGAAGACAUGAAGAAAGGGACGUGGAGAAAACUGCGGGAAAGGUUUUAUGCCAAGAAACCAGAGGAGGACUCAAAGUGAUCAGAGCAACUCCAGAGCCUGCACUGUACAUAUUUUUCAAGCACUGGAUGCUGCCAUGAUGAAUAAAUCCACUUAUUCCUCCUA